UUCCCCCCUGUCUUACAAUUUAAUAGAAACACACAUCGCUAUCAGGAUCCAAUACCAUGCCAUGCUCCUUCGUUUUGGACCUAAGCUGUUUCCCCUCCACCUUCCUUCGUGCUUCCAUGCCUGUGUAUGCACUCCCAUGACCAAAUAAUUGGUCUUUUCUCCAGCGAGGCAAAUCGGGUUCGACCACGCGAGCGAGUGCCCCCACCUCUGCACGCUGGCUUACGACUACCUGCGCAAGAACAAGGGCUACGAGGAGAACAUAUUCGCCUUCUUCCAGAACACGGCGGACCCUGAAUCACUCAUCGUCAAGUUCAUCGAGGAGCUCGACAAGUGUAUUCUCGGUUACUUCUCGUUUCACUGGAAAUGUUCCACCUACAUGAUUACCCAGUGUCAUAUCCACAGGUUCUCACAGUGGAAGGUGCACCUAAAAGAAAGCUCAGGAACAUGGUGCUGGAGGCCACUAGGAAUCAGAGAUUUGAGAGGGUCACAAAAAACUUAAAGGUUACCAGGCUAUUCUCCACACUGGUGGAGGAGCUCAAGGCCAUAGGACUAUCUUCACAUGAUCAGGCGCAAUGCAGUGAUGUGAUGGUCCCCGCUGCACAUUGUGAUCGCAGCCCAGUCUUACUCCUGAUGGGUGGUGGCAUGGGAGCUGGCAAGAGUACUGUACUUAAAGAUAUACUCAAGGAAUCAUUUUGGUCUGGAGCAGCAGCUAAUGCAGUGGUGGUGGAGGCAGAUGCAUUCAAGGAAACCGAUGUUAUAUAUCGAGCCAUCAGCUCAAGAGGCCACCACAAUGACAUGCUGCAGACGGCAGAGCUGGUGCACCAGUCAUCGAUGGAUGCGGCUUCGUCGCUCCUGGUGACUGCUCUCAACGAAGGGAGGGAUGUGAUCAUGGAUGGCACACUAUCUUGGGAGCCAUUCUUCGAGCAAACAGUAGCCAUGGCAAGGACUGUGCACCGGCAGCGGUACCGCAUGGGCGUCGGAUACAAGGUUACUGAAGACGGGACAAUCACCGAGGAUUACUGGGAGCCAGUUCAGAAUUGCAGUACUGACGAAGAGAGCGAGAUGAGAUCAAGGAAGCCUUACCGCAUCGAGCUCGUCGGUGUAGUAUGUGAUGCCUAUCUGGCAGUUGUCAGGGGAAUCAGGAGAGCGGUGAUCACCGGGAGAGCAGUGAGGGUGAAGUCCCAGCUGCAGUCGCACAAGAGAUUCGCCACGGCAUUCCACGGGUACUGCGGCGUGGUUGACAACGCGAGGCUCUACAGCACCAACUCCAUGGGUGCUCCGAAGUUGAUAGGGUGGAAGGAUGGCGAGAGCAACCUGCUGGUGGACCCGGACGAGAUCGGCACCUUGGAGAGGGCGAUCGGCCUGAAUGACGAGGCCAACUCAGUCGAUGAGCUCUACCUUGACGGAGAGCCAUCGCCCUCGGCGUGGCAGGACCUCGUGGCGUCACCGUCCAGGGCGUCCAUGCAGCGUGAGCUCAAGGCCGCGGUGCAGGCGAGCGAGGCACGCUUCCAUGCCGCGUCAUAGUAGCCGUCGGCUGGCCGUCUGUGCCUGCCGCAGUGACGCACCGGUACAAACUUUUGAGCCGUACUGGUGCCUGUGGGCGUUUUUCUUUCUUUUCUUCUUUCUUUUUCCACGAUCUUUGUUUGAUGUGGCUUAUUAACACUGGUGGGUGGUGCUAGAUGGCUAAUGGAAAAGGCCGUUGUUGUCGAUC